GUCACCGGAAGUAUUUUGGUGCGUGUUAGCUAAGAGCUCAGUAGCAUGUCUGUAGGUCAUAACUCAUAAGUAAAACAUUUAACAACGCAAUGGAAACUACCAAUCCAGAAGAAGUUCAUCUGAGGCAUGUGGAGUUGGAUGUCCUCAUCCCAAAGAUGAUGAGAGAGAAAGCAAGGGAGCGCUGUUCAGAGCAGGUACAAGCUUUCACCCACUGCUGUAAAGAAUCUGGUUUCUUAAUGGUGUUCAAAUGUCGAGAGGAAAAUGCUGCCUUAAAAGAUUGUCUUAUAAAACACUAUCAAGAUCCAGUCUUUUUUGAAGAGUGUAAGAAAGAGUAUAUCCAGGAGAAGUUGGAAUUUGAACGGACUGGUAUCCCAAGCAAGCAGAGGAAACAGAAAUUGCCAACUAGCAUGUGAUGAGAGUUCAUGAUCAUCGUUCAACCCUUCAAUGUACGGCGUGGUCAGGGACAGUGAUCAAUAGCAGCAAAAACACUGAUAUUCUGAUUACAAAAACAUAAAAACAAAUAAGAAUUUACUUCAAACGUGUAACAAACCUGAUCAUUUACUUGUCUAAUGAAUAAUACAAAUUCUUUCAAUAUUUUGUGUAUUUUUUUUUUUAAAAGGACUCCACCACAUUGAUACUUGCUUGUCUUUCAGCUAUUUUACUUUGAAGAACAGGUAUAUAAGUGAUGAGUGUAAAUGACAGAUGUAUAGUAAAAUUGUGUGCUUGCAUUAUAUUUUUGAGUUUAAAUAUAAAGAAUCUAUUGCUUUGUUGUGAUUAAAUAGUUUUGGA